CAAUUUGCAGAUUUUGUACAAACGAUCUUGUGCUGUUGCUCGUUGAGAAAAAAAUGAUUCUGUUAGUUGCGCUUUCACAGUCUAGCUAUUCAUCAUCGUCAGAUGGACAGGAACUUGAUGAUUGGUCUUGUGAUCUGGUGAAUGGCGUGUCAUCGACUUCAGGAUCCUUGUUGAAUAGCAAUACCUUUGGCUUAGUCCCUUCAUCCGAUAACCACGCUUCUUUCAUAUACCAUCGACAGCCGUCUAUCAAACUGGAGCAAUCAUGUGUAGAUGAUAUUGUAUUGGAAAUGGACUCGGAAAAUGAUGGCUACUCCAACAACUCGUCCAUCUAUUCUGAUGGGUCCGCCAGUUUUAAUGCAAGCUCAGUUUUGCCGCUGAUGAACGAGUCGGUUAAUUUGAAGGAACAUCGGCGAGCGAUUCUCGACCUUUCGAUCUCUAAAAUUCAGACGAUGAACGCGUCGAAUGUUGCAGUAUCGCUGCGCAAGUCACUUCUUAUCUACAAUAUGAUGAAAUCUCUACAGCGAGAUCUUGAUGCAUGUGAUGUUUUUGUGUGCGGCAGUCUGACAGAGAGAGAAAACGAAGUAAUCGAUAAUGAUGUGGAAAUGUUGGAGACGAAUGAAUUUGAAAAGAGGAACUGGGAACAGUCGAUAUCGGAUUUGAAUUGUAAUAUCAACAGCGAUAACAAUCCGUGCAAUCAUCGCUUGGGUUAUGAUUGGCCAUGGGGUACCCUGGUUAACACAAGUAAAGAUACAGUGCAGGGUUCGGAAAAGUGUGAUAGUGAUAACGUGUUUACUUUGACUAGCAGCAAUGAAUUGUUUAAUGCGGGGAACACCUGGAGCAAUUUGGAUUCGACAGAUUCGUCUGGAUUCGUCGACGAUUAUUUGGAAAUGUUGUGUGCUUGGGAAGAUGAGAAUUACAACCCGCUUACCAACUGCAAUCUCACGCACGCGGAAAUAAUGAAUAUGUUUCACUUGUCUUCCCAUCGUAUGAACAAUCAGUUAGUCUCUCAGGCCUGAAUUAUUCAUGUUGGUUCCAUUUAUAUGAUUUUUGGGAAAUCGUUAUGUUGAUCUUUCUCAUUUCUAAAGCUCCCAGAGUUUGUUGUGUUUGAUACCAAUUUUCAGCUUAGGAGCUCAUUCCAUUUUCUUUCGGAGUAAACACCGCCCAGUAUACACUUUUUUAAUAGCCUUUAUUAUAAGCGUUCGUCAUUACUCUAUUCC